GGUAUUUCGGUCUGGCUGACGUCUGUCCGAGGUAUGUCGCAUGUCAUCUGUGGGCCCUGGGCCCUAGUGUUCGUGUCCCUUUACCCUCUCCGCGCCAUCACGUCCUUCGUUACGCCUUUCUUCAAGCCACGGCUAAGUAUCCCGGGGAGUGGUGAUACCUUCAGCUUCCGAAUGGGACGUCCGAGUCGAUCGAGGAACUACUCAUCAUUCGACGGUCUUGGAGGCUAGUCGACAAGUGGUUUUUCCUUGCAGAGAUGGUUGUUGGUGAGUGCCGCUAAUAUGUAGGGUACUUGCGUGUUAACCGUGGCAUUCGUACAUGCGAAGGGAGUU